AUGCCCGCGUCCCUGCACUGUUGGAGUCCUGCACUCAGUCCUGGCUUCUUUUGGCCAAAGCCCCACAGGCAGCCUGUGAUCAAGGCGCCACCGGGAAGUACCAGAGUCGGCCUCACCCCAGCCUCAGCUGCCUGGGAUUCCGUCCUCCUACCAGACCCAACAUGUGUGCCCACCUUCCAAAACGUAAGCCAAGGGUCACCGCCUCUCUACCCCAUCUUUGGCUCACCUCUUCUUUUGGAUUUUGUGCAAACCCACAUUGAAUUUGUCUCAGUGAGUAAGAGUUUUCGUUUGUCUGUCUGUAUCCCCACAAUACGCUGA